AUGGCUCUGGCAGAACCCAGAAAACGAAGGAAAAACCCCAUGCACAGCAUUAAUUUGUCGGCCCAAAAUCACUGGACAAAUGAUGAUUCAAAAUUUGGUCAGCGGAUGCUUGAAAAAUUUGGUUGGUCUAAAGGAUCUGGUCUUGGAAAAAAUAAACAAGGAAUAUCAGAAAACAUAAGAGUUGAUCAUAAAGUGCACCCUACAGGGCUAGGAUUUAUAGCAAAUAAUGCAGAUGAUUGGUUCAAAGCAGGCGAAGAGUAUUCACGUUUAUUAUCACAAUUAACAGAAAAGUUUGACCAGUACCAAGAAUUAUCCGAAUCAAAUGGAGAUACAACUUCUAAAAAAUCACUUGUUCAAAAUUCAUUGAAUUCAAAAUCAAGAGUUCAUUACCACAAAUUCACCAAGGGAAAAGAUUUAACACAAUACAAAAGAGAUGAACUGACAUGUAUACUAGGAAAAGGUGUUAAAGAUAAUGGUGAAAUCUUAAAUGGUUUAAACAUGGAAGAAUAUUUUAAAUCCAAAAAAGAGCGUUUAAAAAUAAAAACAGAUAAACAUGAUACAUCAACAACUGUUGAAUAUGAUUUGACUAAUAAUAAUGACGAUAAUAUUCAAGGAGGAAUUACUGUUGACGAAGAAACGGAAGCCCAAAUUAAAGAACAUGAAAUAAAUACAACGCUACUGAAAAAAAAGAAACGUAGAGCAAAACAGCUGAAAGACACGGAAAUUAUAAUGCCAAUUUAUGAUGAAAUUCAUGUUGAGUUAAAGAAAAAGAAAAAAAAAAUGAAAGAACUCAUUUGUGAAAAAAUUGAUGACGUUGAAUUGUCAAAAAAAAAAACUAAGAAAAAUAAAUUACCCAAUAACGAGGAUUUAGAUGAUAAUAUUAUGUCAGAAGAAAAUAACAACAAAACAUUAGAAGAUAAUGUUGCCGAUGAACAAGAUUCGGAGUUAGUUUUGACCCAUAAAUAUCAAAAAUUGGUUGAUCUCUUGAUAGAGAACAGUUCUGCUGGUAAUAAAUAUUGCAAAGAUUCGACAAUUCCUUUGUUCCAGGAGAAAAUGAAAGAGUUUGCAGAUAGUGUUACACACCAAUGCUUGACCACAGUUGGUUCUACUGAAAUAAAAUCAUCAUCAAAAAAAGAAACAACUCUUAAACCAAUAAUUUUGAAUCCGGAUGACAAAAAUUUCAUUAAAGACUUUGAAGAACAGAAAUCUCAAGCUCUUGAAAUGAUAUCUAAACGUCAACAACUAGCUAAAUAUGUAAAUGAGAAAUCUAUGUUUAUUGCUAAUCAUGGAGAUGUGUUAUUCUUUGGUAGUAACAUAAAUGAUAUCAAAGGCUAUGGUGAAUGGUAA